AUGGACUGGCAACUACAACCAACCCAAAGAUAUAAUUAUAAACCUGAACAGCCUGUGGGACGACGACAACGGACUCCACCAUCAGCAAGACAUGACUAUAACCAGCAGCAGAACAACAACAGCAAUCGAGAACUACCACAAACUCGACACAGACAUGAGGUUAAAGUAUAUCUUACAAAUAAUAGCACUGAAAUCGCAUCACAGGCCCAAACUUUAAUACAAUCGAGACGAGAACCGGUGACUUUAAUUCCUACUGUUCAAAGACAUACUAUAGAAAGUAAAGAACAAGAACCACAUCAAUCAACAGCGAGUAAAAACUAUAAUGCAUCUUUGUACACUUCAUCCAGAUCGAGAUUCCACACCGAUAAAUAUGAUUUUGAAAAAGUAAAAUAUAAACAAAACGUCGAUGAUUCACCAUGGCAACAAGAGAACAGAUAUCUGUCAAAGAACGUUACAUCAGAUCCAGUUCUCCCACCUAGCAGAAGCCGCCGACAACACAGUCCACUAACAUCUCGUGAGUUCUACUUACCAGCUCAACAGCAUCGUUUCUCAUCUCAUCAGCAACAACCGACACGAGUACGUCACAUCAGUGAAAAGUCAUCAACCUGGAGGCUUAAAAGCGAUGUGUAUUCAUCAGAUGAUGACGCUGGCGAUAAUUGUACUUUUACACCGCGAUCAUAUCAGCAGCAACGUGGUCUUCAAGUCGAAGAUGAUGUUGAUCACAUAUCACGAAAAAAAGCAAGAGUACGAGAAAUUGAAGAAUAUGUUAGCGAAGUUGAUCGUCGUGCACAAGAACGGCAACAUCAUUAUCCCUACUCAAAACCAUCUGAUGUUCAUAUUAUUGUUGAUAAUUCCAAUGUUUUCAUUGCUGCUCAGCAUUUAUUCAGUAUCUCUACGAGUAAAAAUGGGCUGCCAUCACAGUCACAACAAGAUGCCGGCAUUCGUAUUAAUAUUGGUAAUUUAGUGACGGUUAUUGAGCAAGGUAGACGACCAUCGGAUAUCAGAACCCGCCUUGUGGGUGGUAGUACACCGCCGAAAACAGCACGAGUUUGGACUGAAUGGGAAACAUGUGGUUAUCGUUGUUUGUUGGGUGAUCGAUCACACCAUGACAAGGAAGUAUUUCUGGAUGAUAUGUUACAUGCACAAAUUUUGACAAUCGUUACAGAUCAUGAAGAUAAUGUGAAUGAUGCCGCUAAUAGCAGCAGACGGCUACAAACUUUAAUACUUGUUAGCGGCGAUGGUAAUAGUAAUGAUAAUCGUACAAGUUUUCCGACUGUUGUUCUGAAAGCGUUGAAGCGCAAAUGGUUGGUUGAAAUCUGGUCAUGGAAAGCAUCUCUGAGUUCAAAAUUUAAUGAAAUACAAAAUUUAUUUCCGGAGCAAUUGACAAUUAAUUAUUUAGA